AUGAUUUAUUCUACUGAUAAACAAUAUGAAGAUUCAUCAAUAUCAAAAUUAAUUAAUCAAGAUAAGAAUAAUCAUGUCUCUCGUUCUCUUAAAGCUGUAAAAGCUACACGAUCACGAAUAAUACCAUCUAUAUCUCUAACAGCAAUGCAAGAAGAUCAUGAUUAUGAUGAACCACCAUGUCCUAGUUUUGAUUUACAUCUAUAUGCACAUAUUGAUCAUUCGUCACUGAAUCGAUGUGUUUUUACACCAAUUCCUCAUCAAACAGUUUCACAAGAUGAACAAUCACAACAAAUAUUACGUAAACGUAAAUUUGACUCAGUUGAUUCUGCUAGCGAAUAUGUUAAAAAUACAAAAUUUGGUAAUGAUAAUGGUGAAUUAGCUAAUAUUAUAUAUCAUAUGGAUAUGCGUCUUGAUGAACUAACACGUACAUGUAAUGGAUUACGUUCAAGUAUUCAUACAUUGACAAAAAUGGUAACACAAUUAGUUAACAAUCAAACACAAAAUACAGAUAUAAAUGACUUUGAUGAUACAUCAAACAUGGAAUUACCUUAUACACAUUCGUCAUCAAAUGUAUCAUUAAAAUCAACAUCGAAUAGAAACAAACGAAUACAUAAUGGUACAGAUAUUGUUUCACAAAGACCAACAGAAUUUUUAUGUCGACUUAUACGUAAAGUUUAUUCAACAAAUGAAAUUGUUGCUGGUAUUAAUCCUGAUGAACGACUUGAUAGAAUUAAAGAAGCUGUAGCUGAUCGAUAUUUUCCUGAUGAACCCGAACGAUUUGAAACAUUUUGGUCUAGAGAAGCACAUCAAUCGAUUCUUGGUCAAGCACGUGCUCAACGAUGUCGAGAUAAAAAAGCCAGAAAUUAUCUUGCAAGCAAUCAUUGA